AUGGAUCAGCAACCAACAAUUUUGCAAAAUUCUACACGUGUCGGACAGGAUAGAGCCUUGAAUAAUUACUUCUUUCUUGAUCGUACAUCAUCUCAUGUUUACAUAAAGAAUCCUGAACCAUUGAUGCAGAGAGGAGAUGUUGAAAAUAUUAAUUUAUUUCUGAAUGAUGAUAAUGUCGAUCAUAAUGACAUUCAAGAUGAUGAAUUAUUGGAUAUUUUAAAUUCCGAAACAACACAAGAACGCCAAGAGAGCAAAGAAGAAUUCGAAGAAAAAAAACGAAAAUUAUUAAUUUUAUUGGAUCAAGCUGUAGAAGCGAAAAUGAAGGUUUCAAAAGCAUUCCCCGAAAAGUUAGCCAUGUUUGGUGACAAUUUAUCAAGAUUUAAUCUUAAUUGGCAUCCAGGUUGGAGGGAACCUGAAAGAUUUAUUCCUGACAUAGACUGUGAUCCAUAUAGAGGAGCAUGUUCAGUCAGUAGCUGUGCUUGCCAAAUGUUUCAAUCAUGGCCAGUUGGAGAGCAAGGAAAUGAGCUCUAUGUAUAUAAUCCCAAGAUUGUUAACCCAGAAUCAGAAUUGUGUAGAGAGUGUCAUCAUUUGAAAUCAGAUCAUUAUCUUGCAACUAAAGCAGAUAAAACCAAGUUGAAAGAAUUUUCCCCAGAGAAUAUGGAAAAGUAUGCAAUACAAGUGAGUGAUGAUAUUCCUCCAAAACAUCCAAGUGAAAUUCCCACUCAUUUCCUUUCGAGAUUCUAUGAAGAAAAUCCAAUACACCCUGGAGCAAGUCCAAACGUGAACAAACUCAAAUUGCUUGAGGAAACAGAAGCUAAUGAUAAAAAGAAAAGAAUGUCAUCUAUGGAUGUUGAUGAUGGAUUGGAAGAUGAGGACGACCCACUUGCUGACGAGCUGUAG